GCGGUUCUCCUGCCCUGUGACGUGGCCUCCCACCUGUUCGAUGGCAUGCCACGUGGCGUGUCAUUUUGGACCUCUUGAGAAGGGCGGAGUCAGUAAGGAGGGGCACGACUAGGGUGUGCAGGGGUGUGUGACGUGGGGCAACAAUUAAGUGGAGAAUGACGAUGGCGACUUCGGGCGAUUUGCGGACAGGAGCGGUUGAGUGGCUGGCAGCUGCCCAGGAGACUAGCGUGCGGUUCAGCCUUGCGGUGGCGAUGUUACGUUCGGCUGCUGCUGAGGAGGUGGUGCCGUCGAUUUCGUGGCUUCGGAGUGUGAUGCAGGGUCUGUUGGAGAUGUCAUGGGGGCUGGAGGAGGGGCCGCCCCCCUACCUGCAUGCGACCCUGGAUUGGCCACGGCUGGACAGAUUGAUGCGGAGUCACUUUGAGGAGCUUGAGGAGGGGCAAGCUCUUCACGCCGUGUUGGAGGACAGAUACUACGACAACGUGGACGGCAUCACGGACGACGCCGACAGCAACGCAAGUACGAUCGGUGCCUAUGCUAUCAGCAAUCUCAACAAAGCCAGCAACGACAACAAUAACAAUGACAUCAGGAACAACGACAGCAACAACAACAACAACAACAACAGCAACAAUAACAACAACAACUAUAGCGGUGAUGACGGUGACUUUCAUGAGGAUGACUGUGACGCUCGUAUCCAGGACAGCCAGGUCAUCGAGGUCGUCAGCAGCGACGACAAUACUGCUGAUAACAACAUUAACGAUAACAAAAGCAGCACUGCUCAUGAGGUGAUUGUGAUGAUGGAGCGCGCAUUCUUGUCACUGGAGCUUCCCAGCAUGCGGGAACCUCGUCCGCGAGGAGAGCGGGUCGCCACCGUCAAUUGCUGGGCUACUGUGCUCCAGAAUGCUGCAUGGUUAGGAAUAAAGCUUGUCCAGGGUGCACUUGGUCUCAUCCUGGAACUGGAAAACAAUGGUCAAGGAGGAGAAGAGAAGCGCACGUACCUGACCGCCAUGCUGAACAAGUGCAUUGUGAUGGCACUAAGGGUGCAGAUGACAGCUCACCACCUGCGAUCGCACUUAAAAGGAGGGACAGCGGACUUGGCGGAGGUUCUGAGAGUAUUUGGUGAGGGGCUGUUGGUCCUUGCGCAGAAAGAAAGGGAUAUGGAACAGCUGGAGGAAGAGCAGGGAAGACAUCGACGAGGGAGUGGGAUGGACUUCGGAAAGCGCGAAGGGGAAGUACUUGCAGUACGGCGUGAAAGAGUAUCGCAAACUGUCAGAAAACAAGGGGGCGUGGAACAGAAAGUGGAAGAGGAAAGACACCCAAGAGGGAGCGGGACCGAGUUCAGGCAGCACCAACAGGGAGAAAUGACAGGAGGAAGGGAGAGCACGUCUCAAACUGGCGGGAAGCGAGCGGGAAAAGAAUGGAUGGAGGAGGAAGAACUCAAGACUAAGCAGUGGAGAAAAGUGUGGGGGGAGACUCGUGAAAGGGCGGAGAAGUUGAGUCAGAAGUGCAAGAGGGUUGGAAAAAGUGGAAUGAUGCUUAACACGAUGUCUGCAAACCCUGAGGAAGAGCCAGCAGUGGCAACAUCAGGAAGAAACGUUCAGCAACAUGGUGUCGCUGGUUUCGGCCAGCACCACGUCCCAGGGGCAAGGGCAGCGGUACUUGAAGAAGACAUGGGCGCUAUCAGUGUCCCCCAUGGUACGAAAAUGCCUUGCCAGGAGUUUAGUUGUAUCGUUGCUGCAAAACGAGAGAGUAAAACAGUCCAUACAAGAGCUGUUCCACGUGCCUCCAUUUCCUUUUCUGGGCAUUUCGAUGGACCAUCUCAGCAAUGGAAUGCCGUUAGAGCCACUGCGGAUCACAUUGCGGCAUCACCAAUAGUGUCUGCCCCUGUUUCCAGUCGUGGUACAGAACCUGGGCGAGGACUAGCUACGACUGCUGCUGCUGGACGGCAGAAGUGUACAGGAGAGGUGGCAGCAACAGCGCCAAGGUUUUCAAAGACUGUUUCUACCGGUGCGGAAGAUCCCGGAGCUCGAUGGCGAGGUACAACAGUACAAACAGCAUCAACUCCAGGAGGCGGUAUGGAUGCCAGUAGAAGUAGAGGGCGAUGGGGAACAGUACAAACAGCAUCAACUCCAGGAGGCUGUAUGGAUGCCACUAGAAGUAUAGGGCGAUGUGGAACAGUACAAACAGCAUCAACUCCAGGAGGCUGUAUGGAUGUCACUAGAAGUAUAGGGCGAUGCGAUCAGGGGUUGAAUGAGGCAGAAACGGAUUGGCAACAAUGUACAGUCCUCCGUGGUUCGGACAAGACAGAAGGACUGGGUCAAGGGGGAUCAGGAGCUGCAAGUCCAAGACAGGAACAGGCUGCAGUGAAACAAACAACACCCAUCAUUGGAAUGAGCAGUCCUAGCAUUGCGGAAACUCCACUUCGGAGAUCGCAUAGUUCAGCAACCAACUGGGAGCAUGGAACAUCAAGGUAUGUUGCUGGUGAUUUGGGAAAACCUGUUCAUGGGUGGGCAAGCUUGCGGCAAACUGGCAGCUGCUACACACCAGCAGCACCAGCAGCACCAGCAGUACAGAGGACAUGUACGACUCCUGUGAGUGUGAAAGCACGUAGACAGGGGUCGCAUGCUGCGACAGCUGAUUGGCAGCAGGGUUGGACACACCUAAAAUUGCGAACCGGCAUGGAGCAACAUGGGUGGGAGUGGAAUGUUGCGCAAGGCAAUUGUGUGGAUGGCGUUGAUAGUACUGAUAUGAAAGAACCCGAUGAUCGCGUCCGGGCUUGGCUAUGUGAAUUGAGGAACCCCAAUGACAGUUGCAUUGUAUCCCGGGAUGGUGGUGGUACCUCGUCAAAUGUGUUUGGCAGUGGAGGGGACGAUCAGAGAACCGUCCUUGGGAGUCGUGAGAAGCACGUGGUCCUUGGAAGUGGUGACGAGCACGUGGCAAUCUGGAGCAUAACCCCAUCACACGAUGAGCUUUGGAAGCGAAGAAACUCCACAGACGCGAGAAACGCAGUAGAUCAGCUGGGAAAGAGAGCGGGUGAAAGGACUUCAGCCGAGAAUGAUCGUUUGGAAAAUGCCACACGUUUUGUCCGAUCCGAACCGCCAGAACCCUAUGCAUCAAAGAUUUAUACUAGACCUCAAUUACAGCAAUUGGACCUGGGAAGGAAGUGCAACAUUGCUGCGAACAUCGGCAGUCAGGUUCCAGUGGGAGGAGAGAAGGAGAAGGACGACCCCACGGCACGGUCACACUGCUUCGCCGCGAAGGCACAUGCCAUUCCGGUCCGCAGUCGAUCCCUUUUGAGCAGUGUCGAAUUCAUCGAACAGAGAAUGUGCCAACGGACCAGUGGAUUAUGCAAAGAAGGAAGUAAGGAUUAUAAGGCGUGGCAUGAGCAGGCAGAGGCUGGGAAGACAAAAACAGCAGGCUUGUUUCAUGAAGUUCGCUUUCUGGAUCAAGACAAGGGAGUGGCAGAGAGCGACAAAAGCGGAGCAAUCGACAACGUCAAAGCAAAACACAAGACUGCUCUGGGUGGGGCAAAUACCCAGCACACUAGGGGUAGAGAUAGAGCACAGUUAUCGGAGACGAGACUCGAUUGGAGCAGAAAAAGCUGUUCCGGCCACGAAGAAGAUGACGGUCAUCAGGAUGCAGCAGGAGCGGGCGAGAGGAAGAAGGAGAGCACGGAGCAAUCGACGGAAAGGAGAGGGAGUACGUGUGGCACAGAAGAGAGAAGCGGUUGUAUAGAGGCAGAAGAGCAACCUUAUCAAGAUGGCUAUGAUGACGAUGCUGAAAACCAGGGCAGACCUGUAGGGCUGGAUGGGCGGGGACAGGGUUACAGCAAUAAGCAAAUGAGCAGUGCGCGGGCCGUGGACAAGCAGAAACAAGCAGUUUCGUCGGAGACUCAACGUCGGACGAUCAUGGUGAGGCGGUCCGAUUCACACUGUCGGAACGGGGAGAAAGAGGUAGUCAGUGGAGUUGAACAUGGGAAUAUGGACCAGGGCAGAGGCACACAUCCUGACCGUUGCAAAUCGGCGAAAUCGCAUGGAAGUUGUGAUUAUAGUAUUUUGUGUGUCUCUGAGGCAACAGGCAUAACACAGCUUUUGAAGGCAGAAGAAAGGUCGCAAGGUAAGACGGAGAUGUGCAGGCAAGCGGUGACAGCAGGUGGUACCAAGCAGGGAGGGGGCAAGAAACAUAAGGGCAGAAGAAUGAAGGCUGAAAAUGGGUUGCGUCCCUGUUCGAAUCGAAAGAAGAAGAGGAAGACCGGACAGACAGUUGGGAAGAUGACGUCUCGAGAGGAAAUUUCAACAAAUCAGCGUGUGAUUGCGGAGACUCCGAAGAGGGACCUGUGUAGACAAGCAGUGCCCACGAACAGCAACCCCUUCAUCAAGGCUGCACUUGAGGAAGAGAUAAAGAUGGGGGAGUAUGAUGGGGAUGACUAUUCUGACCUAGCCGAUUUCGUAGUCUGCAAGCCUGGGCGGGACUACGACGAGUUCCUUAGUAAUUACACUCCCAUCCUUCAGAUUCGACAGCGAAUAACACUUGCCAGUGUGGAUUAUCGUGCCGAAGAUAAUGAGUCCGGCAAAGACGAGGAUGAGGCAUACGAAGUUGAACAUGAGUCAGAGGACUGUGAAUCUAGCGAAGAUCGAGAUGAGGGGUAUGAAGUGGAAGAUGAGUUGAGCGAAGAUCGAGAUGCGGCGUACGAAGUGGAAGAUGAGUCAAGCGAAGAUCGAGAUGAGGCGUACGAAGUGGAAGAUGAGUCGAUGGAAGAUGAGUCUAGCGAAGAUCGAGAUGAGGUGUACGAAGUGGAAGAUGAGUCGAGCGAAGAUGGAGAUGAGGCGUACGAAGUGGAAGAUGAGUCGACAGAUUGGGAAUCCUGCGGAGAUGGGGGCAAAGUGUACAAAGUCGAAGAUGAGAAUCGGGAAGAUGAAGAUUCAGAGAUAGGCGAUUGCUCCGAGGACAGCAACCUGAACGAGUAUAGUGAUGGUAAUGAGAUGGAGGAAGGAAAUGAAGUGACAGGAGUCGCCAGUCGUCAUAAAGCUUCCAGGAGUAGGAUAGCAGACAUGCAAAAGAAAGGCUGCGAAGAGGCAGAAGAGUCGGAAGAUGGGGACCAGUUGGAGAGCAGAGAGGUGGACGAGGUGGAAGAGGUGGAAGAGGUGGAAGAGGUGGAAGAGGUGGAAGAGGAAGAAAGUGAGGAGGUGGAAGAGGUGGAAGAGGAAGAAAGUGAGGAGGAUGAAGGACCAGUUGAGGAAGAGUCAGAAGAUGAGGACCAGUUGGGGAGCAGAGAGGUGGAAGAGGAGGAAGAGGAAGAAAGUGAUGAGAACGAAAGACCAGGCAAGGAAGAGGUGGAGGAAGAAGACGAGGCGGAGGAGGAGGAGGUAUUGGAAGAGGAAGAGGAGGAAGUGGAGAAAGAGGAGAAAGGGGAGAAAGAGGAGAAAGAGGAGAAAGAGGAGGUGAAGGUUCUGAGAAAGAAAAAGGAGAAAUUGGGGUUGAGGGUUCCUAGGAGGAAAGAGGAGAAACAGGAGAAAGUGGAGGUGGUGGUCUGCGAAAGAAAUGGGAGAAAGAGGAGGAAGUGGAGGUGAAUAGAGAGAGAGUGAUGCUCCCUCCAUCCUUCCCCCCUCCCUCCUUCCCCCUCCCUCCCUCCUCCCUCCCUCUACAGAACUUCACUC